CGCGAUCUAAUGCACUAGCAUUGACCCUGCCCAACUAACGCAUCCGUGGAUUUGCCUCCUAUAAUUUGUUCGGAUAAUUACAAACAAUCCAAUCCAACCAACAGCUCGGGGAAAUUUAAUUUUACCCCAGUCCCGCUAUUGCUGUGCUUUGGUACCCCCGCCCGCUGGUCAGGCGGCAUCAUGAGGUAGGAACAGGAUAAAUAGUAGUAUGAUUCACUCCUUUAAAUCUUACCAGGGAUUCUCCCAGCUCCUUGGCUCCUUGCUCUGCCCUGCUCGGGUCACCAUUCGUCUCCUGUCGGUAUAUUGCUUCAUCUUCCUAGCUAUUACCACGCUUUUGGGAAUCAGAAUGCAUCUUAAAUCAUAUUUGUCUGCUGCCCUUUAUGGGCUACCGGCGCUGGCUCUACCAUCGUCUACUUCCAAUUCGUCUGCUGUAGAUCCAUUCAAAGUCUACACUAUCACUGCGGAGAAUAUUACCGCCAAGUUGAUUCCAUACGGAGCGCGUCUGACUUCUCUGCUCGUGCCUGACCGCGAUGGCAACGAACAAGAUGUAGUCGUGGGCUAUGAUGACCCUAAGGAUUAUGUGAAAGACACCGAGACCGACCACACAUUCUUCGGCGCUGUUGUUGGCCGUUAUGCCAACCGCAUCAAAAAUGGCACCUUCCAAAUAGAUGGAGACAAGUACGAAAUUCCUAAGAGCGAAAACAACGGCACCGACACAUUGCAUGGAGGCGAUGUCGGUUAUGAUCAGCGCAACUGGACUGUCACUGCUCAAUCUGAUUCCUCCAUCACAUUUACUCUGCUCGACCGCGCACUGGAGGGCUUCCCUGGAGAUGUCAUCACUCACGCCGUGUAUAGCGUUGAUUCCGAUGUCACUGCCGAGAACCCCAAGGGUCUGCCACAGUUGACCACUAAGUUAAUCUCUUUGGCCCUGACGGAGAAGACUCCAAUCAUGACUGCCAACCAUAUCUACUGGAACCUCAAUGCGUUCAAGGAGACCAAUGUCCUGGAUGACACCUUCCUCCAACUACCGCUGUCCAAGCGACUCAUUGGUACGGACGGCAUCCUGAUUCCCAACGGAACCAUCCUAAGUGUCGACUCGUACGAUGGCGCACCAGACUUCACCACUGGAAAGCUUGUGGGCAAGGACAUCAAGAAAGCCGAAGGGCUGUGUGGAACGGACUGCACGGGCUAUGACAACUGCUUCAUUGUGGAUCGAGACAACGCAUAUGGCCCUGCCAAUUCUAUGGUUCCAGUUGUCCGUAUGAACUCCAGCACAACAGGAAUCAGUAUGGAAGUAGCUUCAAACCAACAGGCUGUUCAGAUCUACUCCUGCGUUGGCCAGAAGGGUAACAUUGCCAUCAAGCCGUCCCAGGCCAAGCGGAACAAGGAAGAAGGUAUCGAGGGUGCAACGAGCGUCAACCAGUAUGGCUGCAUCGUUAUCGAGACCGAAGGUUGGAUUGAUGGAAUCAAUAACCCCGAGUGGGGUCAGCUGUCAGACCAAAUCUAUUCCCCCACCGGAGCCCCAGCUGUCAACUGGGCUACGUAUAAGUUUGGCACUGUCUGAAGUAGCCACGCCGCGAUUCUGAUUAUCUAAUGUUUUGAUGGCUCCAUUUUUGGACGGUUGUCAACCUCAUCGUGUUGUAUGUAC